AUGUCUGAUACAUACUUUGAUGCAUUGAAUUUAAUGAUUAACAGGUUUUUGGAAUAUAAGCCUGGUUCAAUUACUCUUGAGAAUAUCACAAGGCUAUGUCAAGCCAUGGGUUUGGAAUCCUUUGUGGAUCAGGUAAAUUCUAAUAUUUCUCGCUUAUCCAUAGCUUCUAAAAUCAUUGUUAUUGAUAUUGACUAUGAGACUACAGAUGGUCGAGUGACUGAUGUUAAGCUAGUGUUGGCUAGCAAUUUUGAUAGAUUUGACUACUUCAACGGAGAAGAAAAUAUCUUAUAUCGUUCACUGACCAACUAUUCAGAGCUGCAUGAGUUCCAUUAUAAUUUGCGAUUUCUGACCCUUUUGGAUGCAUAUUCUAAUAUUGAAAUUGAGUCCAAUAUCUCACAAUUUGACCUUUUUGAAUACUAUUCUGUUCUACCGCGAUACGUCCAGCAAUAUUUGAACGAUAAUGGUGUUAAACUUAAAGUGAGGACCAAUCUGAAUGAUCGAUUUGGGAUAUAUCUUGUUGAUGAGGAGGGCACUGCGGUUGCAAAGCUUAUCUUUGGGCCUACGCUAGACCCUGCACAGCGAUACUACGAAUACAAAUACUCUUCCAAAACAAAGGAAUGGUUUAACGAAUCACCAGAAUCAUACGCCAGUGGUGUAACGUUGCUUGUAGAAUUACUAGGGAAAGAAAAGACUUAUUUUGCACGCGAUUGUAUUCCAUUGGAGCAACUACAGACAAGCCAUGAGAACGACAUGGACCCUGAGAGUCCAGAGCCUUUUGCUUUUAAGGCAAAUAACCGUAGAAUUCACCUCUCCAAUGACUUUACAAUAGAUUUGUAUCCUGUGAGUUCCCUACAGCUGUUUAAUGAUAAUGUUUCACUACUGUUCGAUAUAUUGAAAUGGUAUAACUGGUGGCAUAAGGUGCUGCAUCCGAUAUCUGAAAUUCUUCUUGAAGGAGAGAAUGAGAUGCAAGGGGGCUCCUCGCUACCGCAAGUGCAACCCCCAUCAUCUGCAUCUCACUGCCGAAGGCCCAGUGUCAAGGGACAUCGAAGGCCAAGCGUUAAUGACCCUUCUGUACUAAAAGAUGAAAACUUGGCGCAGUUUACGCUGAACGAUAUAUUGAACUCAUCCACUAUUGAAGAGGACGACGAGAUGGUAGACGAUGAGGCGGUCGAUCUAUUUGUCAAUGAAGACUAUGUCUAUCUGGGCAUGAGCGAUAGAUGUAGUUACUAUGAUGAUUCGGAAGAAGAGUGGGUAAAUUUUAUUACCAAGCUAAAGCAGUUAACUUGA